UAUAACCACAAGUUAGUAAGUUUGUGCUUCAAGAUCUAUAAAAAACUUCUCUAAAUUCAGAAUAAAUAUUUUUAGGCACUUAUAUUAAUUACUUGAAACUGUUGUGUUAUAAUUAUAAUAAAUAUUGUCGAUUAUAAUUCAAGAUAAGGAUGUACUCACGUGUAUCUCACUUUUUUAUAUACAUAUUGAAAAUAUAACUAGAACGAGAUGGUCUAGAAAGUUAGCAAUAGACAGUUUCUGUUCAUUUGAUUAUAUUAUAAACCGAAAAUCAUCAAAUAAUACAAUGGAUGACGAGAUCAAUUCAGUUAUAAUUAAUAUAUUUACACCACGAAUAUGUACAAAAGAAUCUUACCUUUUAAUAAAAAAACCUCAAUCUAAGCAAAUGUUAAAAGGAAUGAUUGGGAAUCAAAUGCAGAAAACUUCAGAAAUUUUUCCUGGAAAAUAUUGUGUCUCUGUUAAUAAGCCGAUUUCCGUAAAUGAUUUAAAACAAGAAGAGAUUUUAUUAUCAUAUAGAUUAUAUGCGAAGAAACAGGAGAGUGAAACACAUAAACAAAGGAUGAGAGUCAAUAUACGCGACAAAUAUAAAAUUAUUAGUACAGAUAUGAAAAUGAGAUUACAUCUAGAUAUUCCUAACAAUGAUGUUAAUGCAAUAACUGACGUAGAUAAAGGAUUUUUUAGCUAUAUGAACAGACACGAGUUAUCAACUCAUACUCAACUAUAUAAAUCUCUUAAGUCUUUAUUAAGUGACCAAUUAAGACUGAGACAAGAAAUUGGUUUCAGAAGAGAUGGUGUUUUGAAUAUAGAAACUAGUAACAGAAAAGAAAUGGAACAGUAUGAAAAAAGUUCUCAAAGAUGUAUGCAGCAAGUUAAAUACUUUGAUUCCUUCAUAUCAGAAGACUAUCACAAGUCAAUGAUGUUACUGCAACAGUGGGAAGAAUUAAAAGUGAAAGUUAAUAUGAAAAUUGUUGAACUACAGACUUUUGCUAAUGAGCAGUUUGCUGUAAUAUCUAGAUUGAUGGGGUUAGAUUAUAUGUAUAGCAUUCAGCAGAAGUAUGGUAGAUUUCUAUAUUAUUUAUCACCUCCAAGUUGGCGUGUAAAGAAUAGAGAAUUUGCUCGUUCGGUGGAAAUAGCAGCGAAGGGGUUUGAUCUAGGCGAAAGCGAAGAAGAAACAUUCACUGUUGUGUUUCAAAAAAUGCAAAGAGAGUGCUUUGGCAAUUUUAUUAAACCAGUACUGUACUUUUCAUGUCCUAAUGAUUUACUUAAAAUUUUUAAUGAUGUAGAAAAACAGCAAUUACAUCAUUUGACAUAUGUCACGCAUUUAGCACCGCUUAAAAAGAUAUUGAAAGAAGAAAUAAAAAUGUUGAAAGAGUUAAUGGCACAAGAUAGCGCUUUACUCGCAAACACUAUUAAAUCAUUUGAAAUUCUUUUAAAAUAUACAGAUGAAAGAUGUGGCCAGUUACAAAAUAGGUUUUACAACGUUCUUUAUGGGUUAUUCUAUGAGAGUGUUGGAGCACCAGAGGUUUUGAAACUCUUUUUGCAUUUGGAAUUCAGUUAUGAAAAAGUAUUGGGCGAGAAGUCGAUAAAUUUUGAUAUAGUGACCAUGGCAAAAAGUUUGGAAAACAUGUAUAUGGAUUAUUCAAAACGGUUAGAUACGAUACAUAGCGAUACACUAAAACUAGCUAUAAAACAAUGUGAAGAGAGAGAACGUCAAAAGAUUAGAAGAGCGAAGAUAGCCUUUAGGGAGUUGCAUGUUUUUGAUACACUUGAGAAAAAAUUACUACGAGCUCAUGCGCCAUUAUUAAAACAUAACCGGAUUCGUACAUUUAAUAAAAAAACAUCUAUUACAAAGAGCAUGAAACAUCUAAGUCCUAAGAUUAAUACUAUGAAAAAUAUUCGUAGGAAUCUCAACGAAUCUGAGUUGGAGUAUUUAACUCUUUUUACAGAAUGGACUGAAAAUGAGGAUCCUGGAAAAUAUUUGCAUUUUGAUGAAAAUAUAAUAUUCUAAUAGUUAUAAUCCUGUUAUUUUAAUAAAACUCAAUCAUUUACUGAAAACAGACUUUAUUUAUGUGGGGUUCAAUAUGAAAAACAUCUAUUUAAGUAUUUUUUUAUAACACAAGACAGUAAUAAUAUGCCAUAAAGUCGAUUUUAUAAACAAACAUAUUUCGUAACAAAAUGUACAUGUAGGUACUACGGAUAAAAUGUUUGGUUUCGUGGUAUAGUAGAAUAUCCACUAGAAAUUUACAUAUUUACAAGGCGAUUAACACAAACUCUGGUAAAAGCUUCAUAUUAGGUAAAUCAGUACAUUAGGCUUUACUAAGUUGUACUUCUAUUAUGAGUAAAUAAAUAAAUACCUAUUGGUUACUGUUAUAAAAAAAGACAAUCUUAAAAUUUUAAAGCUCACACUAUAAUGUUUGUUUUGUUCACAAUAUUAUGGAUUUUAUCCCUGUAUCCAGAUAUAAAAUGAUUUUAUGAGCCAAUCUGUUAAAAUUAAUUAUAGAAAAUGGUCUACUUAUGUUUAGAGUAAGUUCUUAUUGAAAGCCAUAAAUGUUUACUAGGACUAUGCAAUGCAGGUCUUGCCUUUUGCUCAUCCCGAAAUAUAGAGAAAAAUAAUAUUAAAGCAAUCGUGGAUGUAAAGGCCAAUUAUGUGAAGAUGUUAUUAACAAUUCUCAAUUAUAAAUAUUUAACUCAAAUUGUUCAUAGGCUAUCUCUAAGCUACCAAUUUUAAUGUGUUAUUAUUGAUUAAUUGUAAAUAGCAUUGUUGCAUAAAUUGGCCCCUGUUGUCAAAGUAAUAUUUUGGUUUACAUUUUAAAAUAUAUAAUUUCAGUCUAAAUUUAAUAUGUAGGUAUGUGAAUAUAAGAAAUAUCUACCUAUGUUAAUAAAUAAAUAACAUUGUUUUUACGUUAUCCAAAAAUAUUAUGAAAUUGUUUGAAUACAAUUUUAUAGUAGAUAUUUAUUUAUACUGUUCCAGGAAUUUA